AUGCCUCUCGAUAUCAACUCGUUACUCAACCCCGAGAAGGCCGUCAACCGGGAGACGGAGGCUCUCAUGAUGUUCACGGGCAUAUUUGAUGAAUUCAGAAAGACAUUUCCACGGCACAGUCAGAGAGAAGGCGAAUUGGCGUACAUGGCAGACGUCACGAUGCAUGUUUUCGAUGCCUUUAAGAAGUUCACCGACGACUACCUGACGAAAGAGCGCUUGGAAUCGACCGGUCACAAUCUCGUAGACCAGGCCUACCGCGCUAAUGGGUUCAACGACAUGGGCAUUCUGGAAUUCGCAAAAACUCAACACAAAAUGCUAAACAAUAUGAAGGAAGAAAUCAACAGCAGUGCGGGCAAUCUGAAGACCAUCAGAGAUCGUGCAGCUCCACCACACCAAAACAGAUAUCUUCCAGAGUACAGACAACACCCUAUGGCUUCAGACUCCAGCUCCAGGUCGUCAUUUUCCGUUUUAGGAUCAAGCUCGACAACAGGGUUCUCUGCGGUGGGAUCUCAAGCAUCAUUUUCUGAUAGCUCGCGCACCUACCAUCCAUCUGAUGGUGACAGGCGAUCAACCAGCCCGCCAUCUCCACAUGAUGAGGACGAAGAGGAGGAUGACGAUGUCUUGGAUGCGGACGACUCGGACGAGAGGAACCCAAAUCGUGUGGAUAUGGACUCUCUUCGACACAGAGGUAUGACGGCUGGGUCCCAUCUCUGA